UUCACUCUCCUUGCUAGAUAUACUCUUAUGUUACUUAUUAUUAUUGUUAUUAUUAUUUAAUUUUUGCUGUGUGUGGACGCCGUUGCUAUGGUUAUGAUAACCAAAAAAAACGACAGCUCCGAGGGAGAAAAAAAAUAGGAUUUCUUGACUGAUAUUUUUCUUCGCUGUGAAUGCACUCGGGGGACGCCUUAAAAAUUCAAAAGGAUUAGACGAGGCGUUGAAAAAGCACAUUUCUGUUGUUUGGAGUAUGGAGGGGGUUGUUUAUCGGGACUAGAGUCCCCUUUUCAAUCAAUGCAACGGCGAAUUAGUAUCUGGACAAUCGUUCAAAGACCGCUCCUUUUUUUUUUGCCUUUAUAUAUAUAUAUAUAUAUUUUUCUGGAGAGGAAUUGAGCUUCGAUUUUAGAUGGAAAAAGCGACUGGCUGAUCAGCUGUUGCGUCGCGGGGGCUGUCUGAUUGAGUAAUGUCAAAAAAAAAACUAAAAACUAAUAACAGCAACAACAACUUGACAUACAAACCCGAGAAAUAAAGACCGGAGUUUCUCAAGACGGCGUGUGUGCUUUGUAAUGAAACGCAGCUGGAUAAAUAUUAUAGCCUAACAGAUUCCUUUAACACAGGAGUGGAUUAGAUCUAUAUUAUUGAACUCCCAGCAUGUAGAAUGAUUAGUUAAUUGCGUAUUUGCACGCGUGUGUGUGUGCGUGUGUGUGUGUGUGUGUGUGUGUGUGUGUGUGUGUGUGUGUGUGUGUGUGUGUGUCACAGCCUAUACCAAGAUGUUGGGAUAAGACACCAGGAGAGAAAAUCAAAAAGGGGCAAAAACAGAAGACUUGUCCGGUCUGCUGAGGUGUGUUUGGCUGACACGUCCCCUAAAGCCAAACAUGACAUCAUGGCCCCCCCGUUUUCUGGGUCCCGCGGUGCCCCCCCCGGGUUCCGCGACCUGCGCUUGAACGAGGAGAACGCGCGGUUCGCGCUGCUCGCCCUGCUCAUGGCCGGGUAUCUGCUGUGCGGAGCCGCCGUGUUCUCCGCCAUCGAACACCCCGCCGAGCUCGAGAACCACCGGCGGUGGAACCGGACCCUGCUCAGCUUCACCCAGAGGUUUAACAUCAGCCCCGGAGAGUUCCGCCGCUUCCUGCGGGAGUACGAGGUGGCCAUGGCGAGGGGGAUUCGGGUGGACGCCCUGAGACCUCGCUGGGACUUCGCCGGAGCGUUUUACUUCGUGGGGACGGUGGUGUCAACGAUUGGAUUCGGCAUGACCACGCCCUCCACCAUCACCGGCAAAAUCUUCCUCAUUUUCUACGGCAUGAUGGGCUGCGCCGGCACCAUCCUCUUCUUCAACCUCUUCCUGGAGCGCGUGAUCACGCUGUUGGCCGUGCUGAUGAAGGGCUUCAGACGAGGGAGUCUGUGUCUCCGAGGGGGGGACCCCGAAACCGACCCCGGGCAGGAGGAGGGAGGAGGAGGGGAGCCCGGCCAGCUGUCUGCCUGGAAACCCUCGGUUUACAACGUGAUGCUAAUCCUGGGACUGGCAGCGUCCCUGAUCGCUUUCUGUGCCUCCUCGCUGUACACCCCGGCCGAAGGCUGGAGCUACGUGGACUCCCUGUAUUUCUGCUUCGUGGCUUUCAGCACCAUCGGGUUUGGGGAUCUGGUGAGCGGACAGCGGGGGUCCUACGAGAACCAGGCGCUCUACGGCCUGGGGAACUUCUCUUUCAUGCUGCUGGGGGUCUGCUGCCUCUACUCCCUGUUCAACGUCAUCUCCAUCGUCAUCAAACAGUUUCUCAACUGGCUACUGAGCUGCUGCUGCUUCUGCUCCCGCCACCAGAGGAGAGCCGGGAAGCAGCAGCGGGUCCUGGGAGGCAGGCGGCACAGGGUGGCCCCCCUGCCGGCUUCCGCGGGCCUCCACCCGACGAGGAGCGACGUCUCCGUGGAUACGGAAGCCGCUUUGGAGAGCGAGACGGACGCCCGGCGGGUCUCUGUGGAGAUGAGCGCCAUCCGCGACUUCCUGGCCAAUAACAAUCGGGCGAUGGCAACGGACGCCCCCAGGCUGCCAGGACCCGAAGCCGCCAACGGGCAUCUCAGGGUGGCUUGGGGGGACGGUGUCGAGGGAGCGGCCGGCAAUGAGGACCACCGUGAGCUUGAAAAGGGUCUGCUGAGGGAUAUCGGCUCCCUGGCCAUCAUGAACAACAAGUUGGCGGAAACGUCGGAUCGCUGCGGUAACGGGCUGCCCGUCGUUGGCUCGGCCAGGCUGCUGCUGCUUCAGCAGGAAACGAGCGACCACCGUCUGCUCCUCCACCGCCACUGGCUCUCCAGCGCCCAGGGGUCUCCGGCCAGCGAGAGCAGAAGCCGUCGCGCGUUUCCUGGGUCUCCCGCCUCCUUGGGGGUCAGCGACACCACUGAUGGCCAGGGGGGUCCCUCGAGCGGGGUGGGAUCCCUGGCCAACCUCGAGAGCCUCGACCAAACCAGCGGCUCCCAGAACGGACUGUCCUCCAGCAGAGUCGAGUCCCCGACGCCUUUGAAUCGGCGGCUGGGGGACAACGAGAGAGCCUCUUCAUCGCUGGACCAGCCCGGAGACUACCGGAGGAAGAUGACCAAGAGGCUGAGCCACUCCGGACACGGGCUGACCCGUUGCGUCCCCUCUCCCGUGGUCCCGGGCCGGCGAGUGGGUCGGUCCGGUGCUGUGGAGCCCCCCAGAGAGUCCCUGAGCAGCGGGGGCCCCGCCGGGAUGAAGACGAGGGUCUGCUCCCCCAGAGACACGCUCCUGAGCGGAGUGGGGUCCCUGGCUGUCAUGAAUGACAGGUUUGCAGAGACCAGUAAGAGAAAGAUCUCCCGGCACCAGCAGAGAACCACCGAAACGCAGGAGAACACUUAGAGUGAGAGAGUGGUCGGUUCAAGCCAUCGUUGAGGAUGGGAAAGAAUGGGAGAGGAUGGAGAAGAGUAGGAGAGGAUAGGAGAGUGUCGGAGAGAAUGGGAAAUGGCAAGGGAGGAUGUGAACGGAUGGAGGAGAGUAGGAGAGGAUGGGAGAGAGUUGAAGAUGAUGGGAGAGAGUAGGAGAGGAUGGGACAGGUGGAGAGGAUGGGAGAGAGUGGAAGAUGAUGGGAGAGAGUAGGAGAGGAUGGGAGAGAGUUGAAGAUGAUGGGAGAGAGUUGGAGAGGAUGGGACAGGUGGAGAGGAUGGGAGAGAGUGGAAGAUGAUGGGAGAGAGUAGGAGAGGAUGGGAGAGAGUUGAAGAUGAUGGGAGAGAGUAGGAGAGGAUGGGAGAGAGUUGAAGAUGAUGGGAGGGAGUUGGAGAGGAUGGGAGAGAGUUGAAGAUGAUGGGAGAGAGUAGGAGAGGAUGGGAGAGAGUUGAAGAUGAUGGGAGAGAGUAGGAGAGGAUGGGAGAGAGUUGGAGAGGAUGGGAGAGAGUUGGAGAGGAUGGGACAGGUGGAGAGGAUGGGAGAGAGUUGGAGAGGAUGGGAGAGAGUUGGAGAGGAUGGGAGAGAGUUGGAGAUGAUGGGAGAGAGUUGGAGAGGAUGGGAGAGAGUUGAAGAUGAUGGGAGAGAGUUGGAGAGGAUGGGAGAGGAUGGGAGAGAGUUGAAGAUGAUGGGAGAGAACUGGAGAGGAUGGG